UGUUUUUUUUUUUCCCUUUGGGAGUGGGGUUCUUUUCCCUCAACUCAGCUCAAUCUUGUCCCAACUGAAUGGUCGGCUACAUGGAUCCUUUUCCCCUAAUAUCCUCUAUUCAAAGCCAUACUUGUUAAUUGUCGUAAGCUAUGCAUUUCUUUCUGCAUUUCUCGUAGAGUCGUUUCAGGCAUACCCUUGGGUCUUUUAGCUCUUUCAAUCUGGAAUCAAAUCGCCCAUUUGUACUUGAGCAUUCAAAGGCUUUCAUUGCGCAUGUGCGUACCACCUCAAAUGACUUUCUCGCAACUUAUCAUAUAUUGGAUCUACUCCUAAAUUAGCUCUAAUUUGUUCAUUCCUCAGUUUAUCUUUUUUAGUUUUACCACUGAUCCAUCUCAACAUCCUUAUUUCAGUCGCACUAAGUUUAUUUCUAUGUUGUUUCCUCAUUGCCAAUGUUCAGCUCUAUACAUCAUUGCUGGUGGUUUAAUUGUUGUAUAAAGUUUUCCUUUGAGUUUUAAAAAUGACAUGUCGAUCACAACACUCUGGACACACUCCUCCACUUCAUCCAUCCUAUUUUAAUCCUUUGUGUAACAUCAUCCUCUAUUUCUCCUUCUUUAUUUAUGAUUGAACCUAGGCUUUUACUCACUUCAGGAGUAAUAAUAUAAAGGCUUCCAAGGAGAAGAGGAAGGCCCAAUCAUACGCUGGUCAAGUUAGAUGUGUGAAUUUAUGUUUCAAUGAAAGUCAUGGUCCUUAACAGAGUAGAAUAUGAAAAGGAAUCUGUACCAUGUAGAUGCGAUAAGCUUAAGUAGUGGAAUAUUGAAAAUUUUAGUUGCUAUUUUUUAAAUAUAAAAGUUUGUUAAGUUCUUGUGACACUGUGAGCUGGAUGUAUGCUAAGAUCCAUAUAGAGUGAGAUUUUGAGUUAUGUAGUCCCUCUUGUCUGUUUCAAUGACAGCUUUCGUUAUCUAAAUUUAUAAGAUCCAUUUAUCUAUUAAAUUGUCCUUUGAUUGGCUUUCUUAUCAACUCCUUGCAUAGUGAUCUUUCAAUGCUCAAUGAAUUAAGGACUUUUGAUAUAUGGAAGAUAUGACCUUGUUAUUUUAUUAUUUGUUAAACAUUUAUGACUGUCAUCAGAAGAUACUUGAUGUUGUUUCUCUAUUUACCAGGUACAACACAAUGAUUUUUGAUGCACUUUCUACCUUGGAUGAUCCAAAUGGAUCAGACAUUAGUUCCAUCAUGAGCUAUAUUGAGAAAAGGCAUGAGGUUCCACUGCCACAAAAUUUCAGAAGGUUGUUGAGUUCAAAGUUGAGAAGACUUGUUGCACAGGAAAAGCUUGAAAAGAUUCAGAACUGCUACAAGAAAAAAGAAGAUAGUUCCUUUGGAACAAGAGUGCCUCCGCCAAAACCAAUCAGGGUGAGGCAAUCUCAAAAUCCUGGGUCCAAUGCUUCUAUUGACACAGUGGAGGAAGCCGCAGCGGCUGCAGCUUACAAAAUUGCUGAGGCAGAAAGCAAGUCAUUUUUGGCUUGUGGAGCAGUAGCGGAGGCAGAGAAAGUAGCGAAGAUGGCUGAAGAGGCAGAGUCCUUGGUACUGCUAGCAAAACAGAUAUUUGAACAAUGUUCACGGGGUGAAAUUGUACUUGUGGCCUAAAAAAAUGGAUUGGUGUGGAGCCAGACUGAAAGGAAAUGUACCAUUGUAUUGUUCAACAGGUAGAUGAUUACUUCUUUAUGAGUACUUCUAUACGAGGGUGAAGCUGGAUGCCAACAUACAAUUUUGUGGACAUCCGAGCAUUACAUCAAUCAGCCAAAUUAAUGUAUGUCCGAUUGAUUGUUCGCUGGCUGCUUGUAAAAAUUGAAGCACUAACAACUCUUAUGGAUGUCUCUUUUUCUGGAAAUCAACAGCCAUUGUAUCAAUUGAAGGACAUUAUCAAUACUCAAAAGCGCAUGGGGACUGACUUGAUUCUGACUGAAA